CCGCCGCGAGCGGCAGCCGGCGCGCGCCGCCCAAUAUGGCCGCCGCCGGCGCGGGGCUGCUGGGCCGCCGGCCGCUCUUCCUGCGAUGUGGCACCUGGCGGCCCUUCACCUCGCAGACGGACGGCGAGGCCCGAGUGACCCGAGUGCUGCGAGAGAAAUUCCCCCGGGCUUCAGCCAUCAGAGUAGUGGAUAUCUCAGGUGGCUGUGGGGCCAUGUAUGAAAUCCAUAUAGAAUCAGAGGACUUCAAGGAGAAGCGGACAGUGCAGCAGCACCAAAUGGUUAACCAGGCGCUGAGCGAGGAGAUCAAGGGCAUGCACGGGCUGCGGAUCUUCACCUCCACUCCCAAGCCUUGAGGCUGGCUCAGCUGGGGGGGGGGUCCACCAAGGAAGAGCUGCUGCUGGGGAGGGGGGUCUGUGACACUAAUAAAGGUGCUG